AUGGACCCUGCUCUAAGACGCCGCAGACAGGAGCGGCAAGAGCAGGAACCGGCGAGCCCUUCUGCUCCGGAAGACGGGGCUCCUGAGGUUAAUCCGUUUUGGAGCGAGAAAGCGAAGAUGGAAAUCUCCAUCCAGAAGGCCCGUCCGCUGGACCUGGUGAGAUGCGAUGACGAGGUUUUGGAGCCAGAUUACAAUGCUAGCGGCAAGGGCCGAGGACUUUCCAGUUCACAAGGGAGUUCGGAAGUCAUUAAGGCUGCUGGGGGGCAGGCGACUGAUCCUGGGGUCAAAGGGCGUUUCUUUCAAGAACAAGUUGAGGAGAUCCAGAACUUAAGGAUGAACACUACAACCUCCUCUACCUGGCCCGAACAGACUGUACUGGGAAACUCCGUGCCGCAGACCCACAAUGAGCAGCCCGACUGGCUUACCAUGUCUCCUCUCAAGUCCCAACAGCAUGAAGCCUCUUUGGAAUCUGGAGAACAGCCCGAGCUGGCAACGGAACGGCGCUUUGUGCCGACAGCAGUGAGGGGUGAUGCUCCUGGCCUAGAGACUGCUCGGGACUCUUCGGAUUCUGGGGUGUCGGUUCCGAAGGUUGCGGGGGUUUCCAGGACGGCUUUGCAGGCCUUUGGAGAUUCUUCGGCAAGCCUCGAGAUCCCAGAGACCUCCACAACGUUCGGUACGGUCGCUUCAGAUGGAGGAGUUCCGAACAGAUCUAACUAUGUAGGAGAAGUAGACAGGAGUAGCCUGAGGGUAGUUCUGGAAGGGGCUGAAAGUGUCAGUGAAGGCACUGCAAGGAGGUCUAUCCCUCUGUCUCCGGAAGCCCAGAAAUCCCAGAAGAGUUCGGCCUACGAGAUCCCGGAUCCCUCAGAGCAACAUUUCGAAAUCGUUAGACUACGGUCUUUGGUUGAGCAUCUUCAUGAUAGGCUAGAGAAAGCUGAGGCUGAACGUAGUACGAGAGGAUCCAGAUCUUUUGGGUCGGCCUCUUCUGGGCAUAGGGUAGAGGAACUAGAGCUCAAGGGCCAAAGGGUAAACUUUCAGUCUGAGGAGGGUUAUCCUUUGCCCCCGGUGCCACCUCUGCCUCCUUUCGCCUCUGAGGGGUGGUCUUCCUGGAAUGCUUCGGACCCCCUUCAUUCCACUCACGACCUGGUCUUGGGUCAGGAACCUCCACGUCAGUCCUCCCUCGAUAUGGAUUUUGGCCCAUCUGUUCACUCCCCGAUGGCUUUUCCUGGGGACAAGGUGCCUUUGACUUCAACUGCGAGUGCUCCUGGGGCUACCCUUUCGCCUUCUGAGGUUCCGUCUAUGGACUUUGGACUUCACUCUUUUACAGGGCCCCCAGGAGUCCAAUCCUCCUCAGGGAUUCCCAAUCCCGUUUCUCCUUCCGAGGUUCCUUCGAUGGACUUUGGACUUCAUUCUGCCGCGGGUGCUGGACCUCAGUACUUCGCUCUGUCUCCCCGUGCCCAGUUGCCGACUUCGUCUGGGGUAAUAAGGGUUAUGGGAGUUAAUCAUAGCUGGAAGGUGGUUAACGGUUCGUUGGUUUUAGAGCCUAUGGACUUCGUCCCUCCUCCUCCUCCGCAGUGGACUUCGCCCUUGGUCGCAGCUCCGCCCACUCCUGGGGCGUGGAGCAACAGUCCAUCUCCUCCGAAGCAUCCUGCGUUUGGAGCACAACUUCCAGUGCCAUCCUGCCAUGCUGUCUCCUCCUGCGCGGGAGCGGCAAUGCCUCGAUACCAAUCGCCUCCUCCGAGGCCUCCUUCUUCUACUCCGCCCCCGAGCCCACCGGCCCCUUCGGGUUUAAGUCUUCCCAUAGCUGCCCCGCCGGUUGGAAAUAGUGGUCGGGUUGAUGUUAAGGACCUUAGGCCUGAGGCUGUGGGUAAACAUGUAAGUUCCCUACCGUCCCUAGAGGCCUAUAACCCUAACAACCCCACCGCGCUUGGAGAUUGGAUCGCAGUGGUCCAGCCGAUGAUUUCUUCACUGUCAGACACCGGAAGUGUCUGGUGGGGUUAUACAUACCAGGCGGCCAACCAGGCCUACGUGCGGUGGCUCUCCACUUCCCCGCUUGAAAGGCUGUCGAUCCAGAAGGAGUUUGAUCAAGUAAACUUGGUGCAGCCCCAGCAUGCCUUGCUGGAACAGCGAUGCGUGACCUUGAUUCUUCAGGCAAUCCUGGAUGCUGUGAGGGUUGACAUUGUCGCCUCACGCCACCUGAGUGUGGCAGGAAUGAUCUUUCGUCUGAUGACGGUGUUUCAGCCCGGGGGAGCGUCAGAACGAUCAACCAUGUUGCGUUUUUUGGUGACGCCGAAGGCUGCUUCCACUUUGUCGGAGGCUGCAAAGCUGCUGAGGCAGUGGACCCAAUGGCGGAUGCGCCUGAAACAACUGCAUGCAGCAGAGCCUGACACGACGCUUCUGGUUAAGGGUUUAGAUGUCCUGACAGGAAAGGUGUUGCAGAAGCACUCUGCGAGCCUCUUCCGACUUGCCACUUUCCGUGAGCGGCUUGGGGUUGACUACCAGCCGACCUCCGACGCUGUGUCGGAGUUGUGUCGAAUGAUGCAGGCGGAGGUUGAGCACCUGAUGCACUCCACGGAUGACAAUCCUGUGAAGGAUGAGGUUCAAGGCCGAGGGGAUGAUGCUAAGAAGCAGCGCUUGCAGCGCUUGCAGACGUCUCCCAGUACCCCGAAGGCCAAGGCUUCUCCAGCGGGACCCAAGUCGCCGGGUGCAGGCAUGAAACCUUGCAGAAGCUGGCUAACGGCUGGCGGUUGCACGUACGGGUCGUCCUGUCAGUUCUACCACGACCAGGAUGAAGAAAAAAUGCGGGGCCGAUGCUUCUGUUGCAGUGCCGAAGAUCACUGGGCGGACUCAUGCCCGGCAGAGGCUGCAGCUCCGAGUCAGGGGGAUGGUAACGCAGCCAUCAAUGCAGAAAUCUUGAGUGUGCUAAGGUCGAUCAAGACCAAGGCUUUGCGGCUUAGUGCUGUGAGCAACCCGACUGGCUACGGCUUGUUGGAUAGCGGGGCCUCCGCUUCUCUCCGCCAGGCAUCGCCUCAGGAAAUCCAGGAGUCCCGCCCGGUGAGCUUGUCUCUCGCGAUCGGCGAGGCUCUGAUGCAUGUGAAUUCCGCCGGGACUUUGUUGGUCAGGGAGUCAGUGCAGCCAAUCUUGCCGAUGCAUGCGUUGCCGCUUUUGGGCUGUGAGAUCAACUGGACUGACCGGGGCAUUCACGUGCGGCAUCCAGGUCUCGGGAUUCUCCCGGUGAGACUCAAGGAUGGCACUCCUGAGUUGCCAGAGUUUCUGGUGCUUCGCCUGAUUGGCGAGUACGAGCGCUUCCUCUUGCGCCGUGAGACCUCAAGGGCCGUGUCGCAACAGCUUUGGCAGCGAUCAGUUGGCCAGGAGGAGGUUGGGCUUUCGUCCCUAAGGGAGUGGGUUGCAGCCCAUGUGGCGGCAGAUUCGUGCAGCGAAAGUGAGCUGCAGCUGAUCGUUAAGACCCUCUUUCCUGGGCUCCCAGAACGGUUAGCGUCUCAGGUUGCGGUGAGUCCCACCUUUGAUCCCUCCUGCGUUCCUUUCAACCGCCGGACCAGGAGACAGCUGUUUGACCCUCAGUUCCCAACCUUGGUGCAUCUGUUUGCUGGAAAGCAGCGGUGGCGACAUUCUGUCGGCCAAGUGCUUGAGGUUGAUAUCUCCAGGGGAUCGGACCUUCUUUCUGAUGAUGUGUUUGGCAUGCUGCUGCGGGCAGCCACCCUGGGUGUCAUCGAUGGGGUCGUAUGUGGCCCGCCAAGCAGGACCUUCAAUCCUGAAGCCCUGGCGUCCUCCUCGAACGGCUUGAAGUUCCGAGGGGAAGAGGGGGAUGAUAGGUUUGGAUUUUCAGACCUCAGCCCGUCCGAUCGUGCUUUGGUUGAUCGGGACACCCUGUUGUUCCUCCGGUCUCUGCUGUUGACCUUUGUAGCCUCGUGUGCCAAAGAGAAGUUCUUCAACUGCUUGGAAAUGCCUGAGACUUCCACUGCGUGGGAAUGGCCCGAGUAUGAGAAUGUUUCUGUGUGUCUGGGGGGAUGGACCGCCAGCUUCGACCAGGGUUUAGGUGGCCAUCCCUGCUCUAAGGCCACUGCCGUGUAUACCAGCAGCUUUCAGCUGUACGAGUCUCUUCAUGAGCUGAAGCUUCCUCCAGAGGUGAUUGAAGCCCCGGCUUCUAACUUCUACGGCAAGGAGUGGGCUCCUGGGCUUGUUAGCCGGGUUCUGCGGGCCUGGGAUGACUACUGCUGUGUCAGCUUUGAGCGCUUGCAGGCUCACACCGUGAGCGGGAAGGACUCCUUCUCAACUUGUGCCAGGAAGCCACUGUGGCUAAGAUGUCACCCGAGGUUUGGGAAAGGCACUGCCAAGCAGAUCAUUUGCCGUGUCGCAAUGAUUGCCCAAUUUGCAUUCAAGGAGCUUCCCGCGAUCGCUCCCACUUCACGAAGCAUCCGCAUCUGUUUGAGCUCUCCAGUGAUGUUGCGGGUCCGUACCACAAGGGCCGUGACUUUGGAGGUUGAUGAGGCUAAGGCCCAGGAUAAGGAGGAUCCCCAUGCAAGCUUGAUCUACCAGCCGGUGUACACAAAGCUUGGGGAUGACUUCCUUGAAGAGCCAAGCUCGGCCGUUGGGGUUUCUUCCACGCCGGGGGAGGAUGACGACUCAGCUCUUCCUGUGAGCUUUGAGGUUAAAUCUCCUCACAAGCCUCCGCCGCUUCAGCCUGAGGGCAGUGACUCCGAUGAUGGUCAAGAGUUUGUGACUUUGGUGUGGGCUGAACCGCUGAAGACCCGCCAGUCCUUCAAUGUGCAGCUUGCAAUCAUGCGUGCUGUUGCCCGCCUCCGAGCGUUUGGCAUUCCGUGCUUUCGCUUCCAUAGCGACAGGGCUCGGGAAUACUUGAGUGAUUCGCUUGAAAGGUUUCUGGCCGAGCAGGGCAUUCACUCCACAAGGACAGCCCCUGAGGAUCAUCCCUCAAACGGCGCCGCUGAGGUCGCGAUUCGAGAAGUCAAGCGAGCGGCCCGCAGAGCUCUUCUUUCGGCGAAUCUGCCUUCGUGCCACUGGCCCACGGCAGUGAGACAUGCCGGAGAAGUGAUGUGGCGUAAGGGCCUUGUUCGUUUGGGUGGUGCGGCCAGGUCUUUGCUGGCUUAUGGCACGCCUGUUGAGGCUCGCAAGCGCCUUCGCCACAGGGAUGUUUGGAUGUCCCGAACUCGGUCUGGAGUUCUGAUUGGCCCGGCUCCGCAGACCUUGUCUUCGUACCUUGUGCUGUUUGAGGAUGACACGGUGUGCAUUACGUCGGCGGUGUAUCCUGUUGAUUACCGGCCGCGCCCUCCGUCUGAUUCCUUGAAAGCUGGUUCGGAUGGGCCGGUUGACUUCCUGUCAGAUUCGGCUGACCAAUCACAGAUAACUGGGAUGCCGGAAGUUCCCCAGCAGGAGUUCUCGACCUUGCAAGGCCAAUCCAGCCCCUGGUCGGAGCGAUCUGCACUUCUUGAAAAAAUCAAGGCCACAUGGGAGUGCAGCGCAUUUACGCAUACUGAAGAUGGCCCAGUCGAAUAUUGCGGUCUUGAGAUUUCGGAGUCUGCUGAUGGUCUCUUGAUUGGGCAGACCAAGUACAUCAAGGAACUCUUGAAGAGGCACAACGUGCAGGGGAGUGCCAAGUCUCCAUGUGCCGCGUGGUCAGCCAACUUCGAUGAUGGCGAAAGCCGUGAUGACCCGGUUGAUCCGGAAGCGGUUAAGGCCGCUCAAAGCAUAACUGGUGAGCUACUGUGGCUCUCAGUUCGAGCGCGCCCCGAGCUGUCUUUUCCAGUCAGCCGCAUGGCACAGUUGACCACCAAGAGGCCAAAGGAUGCGCUAAGCAUUGGGCAGGGAGUGUUGCGUUUCUUGAAUUCUUCACCCCAGUGCAUUGUGUAUGGCCCUCCUCCUGGAGACUGCGGGGCCUCUCAACAGUAUCCGAGGCCGGUCGUUGAAACGACGUUGCAUGCUUUUGCAGACGCCUCUUUUGGGCCAAGUUCAGGCAGAUCCCACCAGGGUCUGCUAGUGUGCUGGGCUGGAGCUCCGCUCCACUGGGAAUCUGGCCGCCAGACGCUGACUGCUCUGUCAACCGCUGAGAGCGAGCUGAUCAGCUACGUCUGUGUUGUGCAAGCAGCUGAAGCUGUUGAGGCCUUGAUUGGGGAGAUCUUUCCAGAGCCCCUUACUCGAUCCCUCUUCGGAGAUAAUUCUUCAGCAAUAAGCAUUGUAAGCGGCCCCCCAACUUCCUGGAGAUCCCGCCACUUAAGACUUAGGUCCCAUGCCCUACGUGAAAGGAUCGAAAAUGGUGUUUGGACGGUUUAUCACUUAAGCGGCUUGCUGAUGCCCGCCGAUAUCCUUACAAAGGCGAUGACAGCCUCAAAGUUCGGCGACAUGUUGCCGUUUUUAGGGGUUAAGAAUCCGUCUGAGGAUUGUAGGUUGCGGCUAGCUGCAGUGCUGGCAUGCUGCGCCCUGCUUCUGAAAGGGCAAGGCUCUCCUGAGCCUGAGGGUUGGGGUUGGGUUAUAGUGUACCUUACGGUUGUGAUCUUAGCCUACGAGGGUUUUAGGUCCUUCCUUAGGAGGUUCUUAGGCUUAGUUGCGUACGUGUUCCCAGGCCUCGGUGCUCGAUUUCCCGGGGUUCUGGAUGUGCAUUCCUCGCCCGAUUCUGGGACCACGCAGCAGCCUGCCGCAAGCACCCCGCCUUCCUCCUUCACUCAGUUGCCAGCUCCUGGUGCUCGACUUCCCAGGGGUUCGUCCUCCUCCAUAGGUGCUCGACUUCCCAGUUUAGCCCCUUCAUCCUCUGGAUGUCCUUCGAAUCUCCGAUCUAUCGGAGUGAAUACCAAUCCUGAGGACUACGCUCCUCUUCCUCCUGUUCUUCCCGCUGCCCCUGCAGCUGCCUACCGUCACCCAAUCGACCUGGUGAGCCAUUCUACCUCCAGCGGCUCCCACUGGCAUCAAAAUCCCGAGUGCUACCAUCUCCGAAACCGGGAUCAUUCAUCACUGCUUCCGUGCAGUGACUGUGUGGUUGGCCGCACGGUCUUCCAUACCAAUCUCCCUACUGGACUUCGACGCCGCAGGGGAGGGUGA